UCCUUUCUUUCUAUUUCCGGUCCGGUCAUGGCAGUUGGAUGCAGGAAGCAACUGUACUCAAAAUAGAAAUAUACAAGGAGAAAAGGGAUUAUAGGGGAAACUUCUCAGUUUUGAGCGUUGUUUUCGGGCACGUCUUUACAUUUAGGCGCUGUCAAAUAUGGCUACGACAGCCCAGUUAUUCGAGGAACCAUUUGAUGCCGAUGAGUAUAUUGAGAGACUGGCUUGGAGAACUCCUGGAGGAGGUUCUAAAGGAGGAGCCGAGGCAUUUGACCCCAAAAAGUUGCUGGAGGAGUUUGUCAACCACAUCGAGGAGCUACAACAGCUAGAUGAACGAAUCCAGAGGAAGGUGGAGAAGUUGGAGCAGCAAUGUCACCGUGAAGCCAAGGAGUUUGCCCACAAGGUCCAGGACCUGCAGAGAAGCAACCAAGUAGCCUUUCAGCACUUCCAGGAGCUUGAUGAACAUAUCAGCUAUGUGGCCACUAAGGUUUGUCAUCUGGGGGAUCAGCUAGAAGGAGUGAACACGCCAAGGCAGAGGGCUGUGGAAGCCCAGAGGCUCAUGACGUACUUCAAUGAGUUCCUGGAUGGAGAGCUGCGCAGUGAUGUCUUCAACAAUCCUGAAAAGAUAAAAGAAGCUGCCGACAUCAUUCAAAAGUUGCACCUGAUUGCUCAGGAGCUUCCGUUUGAUAGAUUUUCUGAUGUCAAGGCCAAGAUAGCAAGUAAAUAUCAUGAUCUUGAGCGUCAGUUAAUUCAGGAAUUUACAGCAGCUCAAAGGAGAGGAGAGAUUGGACGCAUGCGAGAGGUGGCGGCAGUCCUGCUUCAUUUUAAGGGUUAUGCCCAUUGUGUGGACGUCUACAUUAAGCAGUGUCAAGAGGGAGCAUAUAUGAGGAGUGAUGUUUUUGAAGACAUAGCCCUUCUUUGUCAGCGUGUUAAUAAGCAGGUUGGAGAGGUCUUCUGCAGUCCGGAAACCGUCAUGGCUAAACUCAUUCAGAGUAUCUUUGAGAACAAGAUACAGGCUCAUGUCAAAGAAAAACUAGAUGAGACCCGUAACUCUGACGUGGAGCAAUACCUCAAAAACCUCUAUGACCUCUAUACAAGGACAACGGCAUUGGCUGCUAAGCUUUCGGACUUUAACUUGGGCUCAGACAAACACACAUUUCUGUCUAAGCUGAUAAAGAACAUCUUCUCGUGUUAUCUGGAGAGCUACAUUGAUAUGGAGCGGCAGUAUCUGCAAAGCCGCAGCAGCAUGAUUCUUCAACGCUUCUACGACUCAAAGAACCACCAAAAACGUCCCGUAGGUGCAGGCAGUAUCCAAGACCUAAAAGAGAGGAUCAGACAGCGCACUAACCUGCCUCUCGGGCCCAGUAUUGAUACACAUGGAGAGACCCUGCUCUCACAAGAGGUUGUAGUUAACCUGCUGCAGGAAACCCGACAUGCCUUUGAGAGAUGCAACAAGUUGUCUGACCCUUCAGAUCUACCAAAGAAUGCUUUCUCCAUCUUUCUUCUUUUGGUGGAUUACCUCUGUGUGGACCAUAUAGACUAUGCCCUUGAGAUUGGGCUUUCAGGCAUCCCAUCUGCGGAUGCCAAAAAUGCCAACCUGUACUUCUUGGAUGUGGUCCAGCAGGCCAACACAAUCUUCCACCUCUUUGAUAAGCAGUUUAACGAUCAUCUCAUGCCUCUUAUCAGCUCCUCUCCUAAGUUGACGGAGUGCCUGCACAAGAAGAAAGAGGUGAUCGAACAGAUGGAGGUGAAGCUAGACACUGGAAUUGAUCGGACACUGAAUUGUAUGAUUGGCCAGAUGAAGCAAAUCCUAGCCACUGAGCAGAAGAAAACAGACUUCAGACCUGAAGAUGAGAACAAUGUCAUGAUACAGUACACUGCAGCUUGUUCAAAGGUGUGCGUCUACGUGAGCAAGCAGGUGGAGCGUGUGAGGAGAUCCAUGGAUGGUAAGAAUGUGGAUACAGUUUUGACGGAGCUGGGAGUGAGAUUCCACAGGCUAAUCCAUGAACACCUGCAGCAGUUCAGCUAUAGCUCCAUGGGUGGCAUGCUAGCCAUCUGUGAUGUGGCAGAGUACCGCCGCUGCGCCAAAGAUUUCAGGGUUGCACUUGUGCUCCAGCUCUUUGACACACUUCAUGCUCUGUGUAAUCUCCUGGUUGUUGCCCCGGACAACCUCAAGCAGGUGUGCUCUGGAGAGCAGUUGACCAACCUUGACAGGAACCUCCUCCAUGCUUUCGUCCAGCUAAGAGUAGACUAUCGCUCAUCCAGACUGGGCCGACAUUUUAGCUAAUGACUGGCAGGCCUGCCCAAUUAGCGCACAGCAUACCUUACAGACGUCCAUUCAGAACUGCUUAAAAAUAUACAAGAGGCCAAUCUCCAGAGGCUUUGUCUGUAAUUAAACUUUAUGUUUAAAGAACAAAACAGUAACAAUUUCAAAGCCUAACAUUUUGCAUUUACUCCAUUUUAGCUUUAAGUUGCCUAUUUCAUUCGUUCAUGCCACAAUUAAUAGGUCUAUAAUAUAGAGAAUAUAAAAGGCUAUUUAUAGUACAUGAUGUUAAAUGAACAGAGGUGGACCUCUUAAAUGAUUCUACCAUUGGACUUGGGUGGUCUAGAGACUCAAUUUUAUUAGCUUUUAUUUUGAUUGUGCCAAAUCCAUCUUCUGUGGCUCUGCUGGGACAAGAGGGGCAGUUCAGCGCACUGCUCUGGAUCAGUGAGCUUGCCUGGCUUGUUUUGCUCAGGCUGUUGUGCACACAUAGGGCAACAAAGGGGUGAAAAUUCCUCUUUUAAACAGAACAACGGAGAUGUUUUAUGAAUGUUGCCAUGCUUUGAAAGCCUGUUCAGUCCUAUUUUCAUUUCAUACUUACAGAAUAGUCAAACUAGAGGACAAAUUAUGGUUUAAUAUAGGAAGUCUGUUGUUAUGUUAAAUGUUAAGCUUGAUUUCAAAGCAAAGUUGAUUCUAAUGAUGAUAAAAGGUGUUAGAUCACCAUCUGAUGUACUUAUGUUGCUCUUGUUUCUUAUGUGCUCCAUGCUAAAAUGUUUUGAUUUUAGUUGUGAAUUGCAGUACACACCUAACAACCAUGUUUACAAUGUAAUCAGUAACUUACUUCAUCAGUGCUUAAAAAAUCUGCCAUACAUUUUACGACACCAUAAAACAGCUUUUUUGUUUGUACAAUAUUGUAAGAUUUGGGUUCUUGAGUAGGAUUUAUUUGGUAAUAUCUAAAAAACAGAAGUGUAUGAGUUUCUCCAGUCACAAACUAUUAUUCAAGAGCACAUUAAUCUGAUGGGUAUGUGCUGAAUGCAGUAAUGUCAUAUGACUGGGUUGAACUCCUCACCUCUGGUCAACUCGAGAUCUGUGACUCCUGAGCUUGACCUUGGUGUUAGAGUUUAAGAAAGAAUUAAGUUGUGCGAUUCUGUUACACUGUACUGCAUUCAAACAUGAAUUCACCUUCAAAAUGACACUACAUGCAAACUAAAUCAUCUGUAAAGCUACUCAUCCUAAAAUAUUUCUGAAAAUAAAAUGUGUGAAAUUGCCCUCUUCUUUUAA